AGUGGAAGGAAGAAGAAGAAACCCUUCCCUCAAUCUCUUCUUCCUCUCCUCAACUCUCAAAAUCAAUCAAUCAAUCAAUCGCGAUUUUCAUUUUCCGGCGAAGAAAAAAUCCCCUUGUGAUCGAUGAACUUGUCGAAGCGCCUGGCUCUGCUAGGAGCUCAAUCCGCGCUCUCAAUCGCCAGACCCCGAGGCUUGGGCUCCUCCUCCUCCUACGGCUUAAUUGAUCGUCGCCCCUUCCAGCUCAGGCAAAUCUCGGAGCUCACGAAAGUCAAUGGGAAGCGUGCUUUCCUCGUCGAUACCUUGGCUCUGGUAAGGAGUCUAGAAGCACAAGGUGUACCAUCAAAACAAGCUGAGGCCAUUACUUCUGCAAUCACUGAGGUGUUGAAUGAUAGCUUGGAGAAUGUCUCCGAGUCCUUUGUUUCCAAGGCUGAGAUGCAGAAGAUUGAAAUGAUUCAAGAUUCUAAUCUCUCCAAAUUUAAAUCUGAAGUCAAAAGCUCUCAGGAGCAUCAUUUUACCGUUUUACAACGCGAGACAGAAAAACUAAGAGGGGAUAUAGAGAAGAUGAGAAGCGAGCUAAGGUAUGAAAUUGAUAAGGUAACAGCUGGACAACGUUUGGAUUUGAAUCUUGAAAGAGGCCGGAUACGUGAUGAGCUAGCUAAUCAGAAUUCAGAAACAACAAACCUCACGAACAAGCUUGACAGAGAAAUUCAUGCAUUGAGAGCUCAGCUAGAAGCGGCCAAAUACGAAGUUAUCAAAUACUGCAUUGGUACACUGGUCUCCAUUUCAGCAGUGGGACUCGCAGUCCUUCGCAUAAUGAUGUAGUUGAAUCUAACCCUUAUGACGCUUAUAUGCUCAAAACAAAUGUUGGUGGAUUCCCAUUUUUUUCACUUGAAACCUCAGUGUCAUAUUCUUUUUUUCUUUUCUGGCUGAGGAAAAGAGGAAAAAAAAACAGUGUUAUUGUA